AUGACCCUGAUAGAUAUGAUUGCGAGGAUUUUGCCCGAGCUGGAGACGAUUGGGAAGACCAAGACAGGCACAUCUGCCUGCAUGACCAAUGCAACCUUUUGUCUUCUCGAUAUGGCACCGGAUGAUUUGGCCAUUGCCGUAACAUGCGAAACAUAUCUUCGCCCUUCAUACUGCACCAAGUUAUUCAGAUUUCCCGCCGGCAAGGAGGAGUUUCAACCUGAUGGAGAGAGGUGGAUUCUAUGCCAGGAUGCUAAAUGCAAUCAGUCAUCUGAAGUUGUGACGAUGCAUGCUUCCUGUUACCAACUCUUCUUUCAGCACUACACCCAUGAUAACCUCCUCAACGGUGUGUGGAUUGCCACAGAAUGGAGACAUUACUUCAAUCCACGACUUGGCUUCAAGUUGCAAAACAACAGCCUCGUAUCAGUGAGCCCCUCGAUUGCCGAAUCGUUGGGAAUACCGCAGCUGGCUCAACUGCCCCCAAGCCUUGUCCAAGAUAUCAGGUCCACGUCUCCUGAUAGUCAAGUUUGGGCUUACUUGGCCAUCAAAGAUCGUGCAGAGGGGAUUUCAUCUGCAGCUGGCCAAGAUGGCCUGUCUUGUAUGCUUGACAAAGUCGAGUCUUGGACUAGGGGCGAGGGUGCACCUGUGAUGAGCGACAGCUUUGCUGGGGAUUGGAGUUUCCGGGUCACGAUAGAUCGCCGCGGUAUACGCAACAUUGAAAGAAUCGUUGGUAUCUCUUCCUACGCAGGUUGGCGGAGUGAAAGCCUUGCCUUCGCUCUGAUACCCCCAGAUCAAGCAAUGAGAAGUUGUGUUGAUUUCAGGCUUGGAGCAGCUCGUCUUGAUCUAUGGGGUGGCAGGUCAGUCCUGUGGGAUACACCGAGUCCUCCUUUAGGGGGUAAAGUCUCAUGGUUCACCGCGUCUGGUCCAUCGCAAUUAUGCAAUGUGCGUCUGCGCACACUGGACUUGCGCAGCACCAGGGGCCUCACCUUCUUCUACGUUGGGUCUUCUCUGCGGGCUAUUCAUUCUCAUACGCCUCGCUUCCCAACUGCGUUGACGACAUAUGCGCGUUUGCCCGAACACGAUCGACAGCAUGUGGUAUGGGCUCAUGUCCCUAUCUCACCUAGCGAUCGGGUUAUCGGAUUAGGCAUACGAACAAGUGGCACGAAAGGUGGAUUCGCCUCACCCUCUGUUCUAAUUCGUACUGAGCUUGCUGGUGAUAUUGUCAUCGGCCCUCAGCCCAAGCCUGUUCACCACGACUUGCCUCUCGUCCUCAUUAAGGAUUACAGCUGCGAUAUUAUACCGGAGUUUUUCGCAUACGGUUUACCUGAUAUUGACGGUGAACAUACGCUUCUCGCGGUGGCAGGAGGGUCAUCUGAACCUAACGCAGAGUCCACACGUCGAUUCCCUCCCAAAACAUUAUCAACGAUAACCCACAGCUGCAGUUGUACUCUCUUCCAAACCCGGGUACCUCUCCAGGGGACCACCCGAAUUGAUGUAUUCGCUUGCAAAGCCACGGGUUUGUGA